UUGUAUAGAGAGAGAGAGAGAUGUUGAUGUGAGAGAGACAGUAGAGUUUUGUCAUCUCUCUCCUGAGUGCUCAGCUAUCCUUGUCCACCGAAAAUUGCCCUCCUGAGAAUCAGAAAAGCCCACUAUUCUCUUUAUUAGGGUUUUCUUUUUGAAUAAAGGAAAAGAAGAAACGAAAAGAAGAAACAUCUCAAUUUCAAGAACUUCUCAACUAUUUGAAAGGAAAGGAGAUAUGUUUUUGACUCAUUUUCUGUUGGUCUACGCAGCUAUAGAUCUCUGAAUGCUUUAGAUUUCGACACUUAAAUUGAGGAAAAGGAUCGGGUGAAGCUUGUAAGAGUUGGAGCUUCUGUAAUUUCGGGAGCUGUAUGCUACAGCAAUGGUACCAAGUCACUGAAUUUCUCUGUAUGCUUCUCAAGAAAUGACCAGUGUGAUUCUCUAGGUUUAAGUUUUUUCUUGCCGUGUGGUUGAGUUCAUGUGAUUAGUCACAGAGCAAGAAGGGAUAAUGAGUUCUUCUCGUGGAAAUUGUGAAAUAGUCGAGGCAAAGUAUGAGGCUAGUCCAGUUCAGAGGCCACAAACUUUUCGUCACGUAAGAGCACAAGAUAGAGAGCAGAGGCCUCCUGUCAUGAAAAAAACACAUAACAAAGCUUUGGAAAAUGAUAUCAACAAGCUCUUUGAAGCAGUCAAUCUGAGAACAUCCAAGAGUCUGGAUCUCUCAGACUCAUGGAGGAAUGCUUCAAAGAAGCCAAUGAAGUCAGCCGGUUCUCACUCUCCCGGAAUCGGAUUUUCUGAACCUGUUUCUCUGAAGCAGGCGCUAAGGGGACUGUGCAUUUCUCAGGCAGCUGAGAUGGCUGCCGUGAAACGAAUGUCGAUGCCAGCAUCUCCGCGGAUCUCAGAAUCUGGAAAAAUCACAAAUUUGUACAGGUCUGUUAUGGUUGAAGCUGGUGGAUCUGGUUGCUCUCCAGCUGGUGGAGAAAGGAGAACAGAAAUUCCUCGUGUGAAAGAAGAGAGUACCUCAUAUUCUUCUGGAACUUCGAUCCGGGGCCAUCAAGAGUCUUUUAAAUCAGCUACCCAAAGUUACUGUUCUUCGCCUAGUUAUAGUGUUAAUCCAAACAUAAAGAGUAUAAAAUGUACAUCUAGUGAAUCCGGUCAUCCGCUGGCUGAAUGUAGUGGAAAUGGUGUUGGAAUAUCUCUUGUAGAAGGAGAAAGAACCAGAGGUGCUGCUGUUAAGCUUCCCCAGCCUAAGGCGAACUCCCUGAAUCAAAGUGCCCCGUCUUCUCCGCAUAUUGCUGCUGCUUUAGUCAUUAAGGAUGCAGAAUCCGCUCCUGUCCCUGAUGAUAUUUCACAUGUUUCAGAAGUUGAUAAACAGGUGUCGGAAAUUGUAUGCUCACAACACAAUUCAGUGUCUGCUCUGCCUCAUCAUAUUUCCGACGGUAACUUGUCAAAGCCAGACAAGAAAAUAUCUAGCUCAAACAAGGUAGCAAGUGGUUCAAUUAAGGAUGCUGCCACUCCCUUGAAAGUAGGAAACAGGGCAGCACCUAAGUUGAGACGGAAAUCGAAGGUACUGACUGUACCUGCAUCAAGUGCAGUGAAAAGCAAUAAAGAUGUAAGAUCAACAAGAAGCACCUCUCGUGUUAAACCAGUCAUAAAAAACAAGAAUCUCGUCAUAAAGAAAUAAGGCAUCUUAUGAAGUAAAUAGUGAUCGGGACCACAGUUCGAGGCAGUUGAUCUGCCAGAGGUGUCAGUGUUCUUUGACGGAUCCAAGUAAGGAUUCCAGUAAGAAUCCUCCAGAAACUACCAUCACCGAAGUGUUUACAGGUAGUAGGAACUGUGACACAAACAAAUCAGACUCAAUUCCAACUAGUUGGGAGAAUAGAGGUACUCCUGUUGUUAAAGCGAACAUGAACCUGAAACCAACUGAGAAAGGGGAUAUCUCCCAGAGCUCAAAAAGCAGCAUUUGUGAUUUUAGUAGUAGCACCACUAGCCUAAGUGAGGAGAGCAGUCUAAGUGGGUCAACUUACGGCAACAGACCUCACAUGUCAAAGGACAUGAGGUGGGGAGCAAUCGACCGCAUAAGAAAACAAUAUGGUUUCCUGGGGCUGAGUCACUUUAAUUUGCUGAAAAAACUUGGUUCUGGAGAUAUAGGCACCGUUUAUCUUGCAGAACUGAUUGGAACAAACUGCCCAUUUGCAAUAAAGGUUAUGGAUAAUGAGUUCUUGGCAAGAAGGAAGAAGAUGCCUAGGGCCCAAACAGAAAGAGAAAUUCUCAGAAUGCUGGACCAUCCAUUUCUUCCAACACUUUAUGCCCAGUUUACAUCAGACAAUUUAGCAUGUUUAGUUAUGGAGUUUUGUCCUGGUGGAGAUCUACAUGUCCUCCGACAGAAGCAGCCCGGCCGAUAUUUCCCUGAACAGGCGGCAAGAUUCUACGUUGCAGAAGUCCUUCUUGCUCUUGAAUAUCUCCACAUGCUGGGUAUUGUGUACCGAGAUCUUAAACCUGAAAACAUUCUGGUCCGUGAAGACGGUCACAUCAUGCUUACAGAUUUUGACCUGUCGCUUAGAUGUUCCGUUAACCCAACUCUUGUCAAAUCAUCAUCUGUGGGGAUAGAGCCACCGAGGGUUUCUGGUCCAUGUGCAGGAUCAAAUUGUAUCGAUCCCUUCUGCGCUGGACCGUCCUGUAAGGUUUCAUGCUUCAGCCCUAGGAUUAUACCUGCCACUGCACGAGCGAGGAAGCUAAAAGCUAAUGCUGCAGCUCAGGCUCGAUCCUUGCCUCAGCUUGUUGCCGAGCCAACAGAAGCACGGUCCAACUCCUUUGUGGGCACACAUGAGUACUUGGCACCAGAGAUUAUCAAAGGGGAAGGGCACGGUAGUGCUGUUGAUUGGUGGACGCUUGGCGUGCUUCUGUAUGAGCUUCUAUACGGGAAGACACCGUUUAAAGGUGCUGGGAAUGAGGAGACACUGGCCAAUGUCGUUCUGCAGAAUCUCAAAUUCCCUGAUUCACCGAUUGUUAGUUUUCAGGCCCGGGAUCUCAUCCGUGGGCUUCUAGUCAAGGAACCGGAGUGUCGGCUGGGCACAGAAACAGGGACAGCUGAGAUCAAACGACACCCAUUCUUCGAGGGCCUGAACUGGGCGCUGAUCCGAUGUGCUGUCCCACCUCAAAUUCCGGAGCUGUACGAUGUUGGAAAUUCACAUCUAGCCACACAGGAGAAGGGUGAAAAGUUUGUGGGGUACAGUGCUAAUGGAGAACAUUUGGAGUUUGAGUUGUUCUGAGGAAACUUCAUUAGGAAUCAGGAUAAAGGCGGUAUAACUAGGUUUCUCGACCAUCUUGUAUCAUAUAUCUAGACUCCAGAGGAAUUUGUGUUCUUGAGAAUGUUUCAGCCGGCUGCUCUUCUUUGAGCUGUAGUAACACUGGAUAUUUUACGUUUAUUUAAUACUAAGAAGCAAAUAUUUUACCA